UCGUCGCAUCACUUCAAGUGCGGAUUUCGAAUUGAGAGGAUGUGUUUUGCGUUUCGUUGCUGAAGUUUCGCGACGAUUGCCUUCAGUGUGCUGCUGCAGUGUUAGAGGCAGUUUGGACUCUGUUUUUGCCGCCUGAGCUGUUCGACAUACUCCGGCAUAUCAGGAGCAGCAGGUCUCCUACUCGCUUCAGUGUAAAGGAACGGCAGUCGGUGUCAGACACAGAAAGCGGGAGAGCAUAAUAAACUAAGUGAUAUUAGUGCGGUGUGAUAGAUGGUCGCUUUUGGUGGAUUGAACCGCUUGAUUGGUAUUAAGUGGAAGAGUGGAAAAUUGGCAUGAAAUUGAAGAUUUCGCAGACGUUCGGUGGAAAUCGGGAUCAAUUGAGUGAGAAGAAGCAAAUCGCAAAUUGAUGAAAAAAGAUCAUGCUGAUUGCUGUUUCGCUCGCAAUCAAUGGUAAUAGUGUGAGAAGUUAUUAGUUAAACAUUGUAAUAUUGUGCUUCAUGUGGGGUUUUCGUGAAUAAAUGUCAAGCUGCAGUUGCAAUUCCUAAACAUCGCCAGAGACUUGGAACAUACAAAUCCUGACUCUGAUAACAGUCUUGAUGAAACUCAAUAAUCAUAAUCAUAAUAAAAAAAACUUGAAGUGUACACUGUAUCAAACCAUGCAACAAAAUCUCGAACUGGUCGAGUUGUAAACCGAAAUAAUAAUAAACUACGCUGAUAACAAACAAGUGCCCGACCCCGAUAAUUACAGAACAUAUAUCCCAUUGCAAAGAAGAAAAAAAAAUCGGUGCAUACCACAUAAACGGUAGACUUGCAUCUAAUAGGCGCACCAACAAGUUGACACUGAGCCGCACACUUGCGAAUACAGUAAGCUGGCUGAAAGACGGCGGAAAAUUUGUCUCAUUUUUUCCCUGUUAUUAAUAUUUCUGAAACGAGCGUGCUUCCUUUUCCCGGUUGAUCCGUGAAGAAUGGAAGAAUAGACCCGUGUGUUACAGUGUAGCGAGUGUUUUCAUACCCCAUGCUCCGGCUGUCAGACUUCUUCUGUACUCAAGUGCAGAAUAGCAAAGGAUAAAAAAAUAUCAAAACAUAUCCCAUACAAUCAAAUAAAAUCACUUUACACACUUUGCUCUAUAAACGGAGUAAUAACAUCACAUACCGCGUGCUGCCGAGCUGCUUUUAGUCCGACGGCGUUUGCAGACGAUAUCAACAGACGGAAGUCAGAGGCUGCGCUAAACUCUGCAGUGUGGGAGUGUACGUGUGUGUGUAUGUGUGUAUAGGAGAGAGUGUCUGUUGCUGGUGCCUUUCCAAAGAGGCUGGUAUUACCCGGUACGGUAAACCGUGUGGAAGAGCAUCCGUGAGGUGAGAUUACCACCUACUCGACUGUGUUUUCCGUAGAGUCUGGGUGGAAAAGCGCCCAAGCCGGCACAAGGUCUGGUUCGGUGUACAGCCAGCAAGCACGGAAAUCGUCAGCACAUUUUUUGCUCCCGCUUUUUACACUCAUUCGUUUUUUCCCGUCCGAGGAAACGAUAUUUCCCUGCCGACCGAUCGAGAGUGGCAGCACUCGAGAGAAAGAGAUCAAGCAAGGGACGAGUUUCGGCGGACGCGAAGCACGGUGUAACAGAACUCCAUUAAAUCCGAGCGAAAAGGGGCAACAACAACGCCAGGAACACACACAGGAAAAAAACAAGAGCUGAACUCGGGUGAAAAACACUGGAAAGAGAGCGUGGACUUAACGAGCAGGUUACGGUUUGUGAGUGAAAAAAGAGAGCAAAGCGGCAAUACAGAGGCACACCGAGCUCGUAUAAUCAAUUGGCAAACUGGGCACCCAUGGAACACCGAAGCGCCGAGGGGCUGGACAUGAACAUCCAGUGAAAAACUUAACCUUCGGUGACGUGAAGCGUCCGGUAUCAGGAAUGCACAGCACUGAAAAUGUUGCUGUGGAACCGAUCAACGAUCACCCAGUCAAUGUGCAAUCAACUCGAAGCCUCAAUACCGCCAGUGUUACAGCUAUGGGACACACGACAGUUACACCGAACGCACCGGCAAUCCAAUCAUCGGUCUCGUCCGCCCCAAACCUUAUAGGUAACACCGGUCUGGCAAAGGACUGCGCCGGUUGCGGGAAACGUAUUACGGAGCGUUUCCUGCUGAAAGCUCUGGACCUAUUUUGGCACGAGGACUGCCUCAAGUGCGGCUGCUGUGAUUGCCGGCUCGGCGAGGUCGGCUCAACCCUGUAUACUAAAGCAAACCUAAUACUGUGUAAGCGAGACUAUCUGAGACUGUUCGGUACUACCGGAUACUGUGCGGCGUGCAACAAAGUGAUACCGGCGUUCGAGAUGGUGAUGCGUGCCAAAAACAACGUGUAUCAUUUGGAAUGCUUUGCCUGUCAGCAAUGCAAUCAUCGGUUUUGUGUGGGUGAUCGGUUCUAUCUAUGUGAUAAUAAAAUUUUAUGUGAAUACGACUACGAAGAGCGGUUAGUGUUCGCCAGUAUGGCGUGUAAUCCAUCUAGUUUAGCGCAUAUACGGAGGCAAGUUAGUAAUUUACAGCCAGCCGGAGAAAAUCUCAUCGGCGCUGCUGGCAACGGACGUAUGCCGACAGCCGUUAAUAGAUCUGCAUACGUAGCAGACAAACUGGGACUCACGCAGCAACACCAGCAGCAAUCAGGCCCUCAGCAACAACCUCUAUCUGUACCAUCCAACCACCAGCCGCAUCACCCCCAGCUUUCCCAUCAAUCGCCACAGCAUUCGCAGCUGCCUGCCAGCGGCAAUCACCUGCAGAAUCCCGCCCAGCAGCAGCAUCAUCCCAGCAACCUAGGCCCUCAUCGAGACGAUGGUUCCAGCGGCUAUGGGAGCCCCGAUUCGGAAACAUUCGAAACACCGUCCUCCCAAUGACGCCCAGUGCCAUGAUUCUGUGAGGCAACCUAGCUAGGAUUGUUGCUCGUUUGGUAGCGUUUGCUUUCACGCGAUACUAUAGGUUAGGUUCAUUACCGAAAAAGUUAUCUGAAGGUGUGUGAUAGUGUGCUUCUGGAAUGUCGUCCUCUUACCACGUUUUCCUUCAUUUUAAUUUCAUGUUUUUAUGAAAAUGCGGCGAACUUUGCCCGAAAAUCCUGAGGAACACUAAUUUGUAUCAUCGCCGAAGGAAACCAGCUGGGUUGCUUUUUGUUGCAGAUGAAAGCCAUAACAAAGAGAAAAUUUCAGAAAUAAUUAAAAAGGAUUAGUUACGGAGAUUUCUCUAUUAACGAUGGUUAGCGGUCGGGUCAACUUGUUGAGCAGAUUGUCAUUAGAACCAUUUGAGAGAUAGCGGUGACUUCUUGUGCUAUUGUACAAUGUUUGUUUGCACUGUUUGAAUGAUAUUAUCACGAACGAACAAAAAUUUGUGACCUUAACAGCUGUUCUCUCGUGGUAUGUGACAGAAUUUUACCAGCAUAGGCAUGCAUGACAAUGAAAUUCGACAACCCAUUCCCCGAGCGUGUCGUCAUACGGUAUCACCUGACAUUUAAACUUUGAUUGCAGUUUAAAAUUUAAAAAAUUUAUAAAAUUUUUCUAAAGUCUUCCCUUUUUGGAAGGAAUGAUGGGGUCAAUUGUGUUUUACAGUAAGUGAAAAGAAACUUAUCCAUCCCUAACCAUUUAACACAUUUUCUUCAAAAAACUCGUUUGAUUUUUCAUUCUAUUUUCAGUCAAGGUCAAAUUUUGAUAAUUAGGUUUUAUUAGGCAGCUUUUAAAAAAACGAUAUAAAAGUAUAUUCACUUUAUUCCUAGCAUCCAUUCAACAACCCUUGGCUUCAAUUACAGCUUGACAUCCUGUUCAUGAACCUUAAUUUUCAAACUAAACCAAAGUUGUUCUAUUAAACUGGGGUCAGGAGACUGUGCCGGUCACUCCAAAACAUUGAUAUCGGCUGUGUAUCUGUGGCCUAUCAAUGAAUUCAUUCCCAUCAAGUUCUCCAACGCCGAUUCGAGCCAUCGAGCCUUGACCAUGAGUCUACUGUCUGCAUAGAAAAGAAAGUUGAAAACUAAUACAUUUGUUAUAAUUCACCUGCACCAUGUUUGAUGAAGAUUUUCCAUACUUGCACCACUCCCUCGGCAUUCUCGUGUGAUACCAUUAAACCCAACUCUAUUUGAGUCUCAUCUGACCUUAUGACCUUUUUUUAAUCAUCAAUUAUCAAUGGAAUCUGAUCUCGGAAGCCUUUAUCUAAUGUUUUUCACAGUUUGAUUCACAGGUACUUUCAAUACGACACUCACCACGCUGAUAGCCUCGUAUACGAUGCGUUGAGCCUCCUCAAGACAAGAGAAAGCAAAGCAUACCUUUCGAUCGUAGUCCUCCGGUAUCGACAACCACGUGCGUAUUAUACUCACUUACUUUUGCGGCGACAGAUCGGUUAUCGAUCCAGAAAACGUCACCAUGUUACGCGUUCUUGGGCUGCUAUAUAACUCCUAUUCCGCGGGCAUCCUCGUCAACAGCACACACCCAAAGAGCGCUACCCUUUAUAGGGAUUCCUGCUCUUUUUGGCCUUUGCUCCUCCGUCGCUCCUCUGGCAUUCUAGCUACAUGCCGAGCCCACUAAAGCCCGCCUUAGUUUGCCACCAAGGACUUAACGCAAGAUCUUACGCUCAGAAACCCCGAAAGCUCGCCGAUCAACCUCUUUUUCAAGCAUUUAAGUUUCAUGGCCAUAGAGGACCACCGUUGUUUUAUGAACUGCGACUUUCGUGCGAGCUUGCUAUCACCUCCCGUAUACGUAGCUUCCCUCUUGAGAGGCUCAAAUCCUUCUUCCACCGCUCUACGUUGAUACUAAUAACGUCGAUAUCGUCCAUAAAACCUAGAAGCAUGUGGUAUCAUUGGAUAGUGCCACUUCUUUACACGCCAGCCCUCCAUAUAACACCUUCCAAUGCGAUAUUGAACAAUGAAUUUAACAACCGGUCACUUUACUUCGAACCAUCUAACGUCACGCAAACGUCGGAUAUCUCACCAGUUACCCUAACACAUGACGUAGAACCGUCAAGGGUUGCACGUAUCAGUCUAAUCUGGUUUGUUCUCUUAACUUAAUCGUACGCUGACCUGAACUCUAUGAACAUAUAUAAACAUAUAUAGGGUCUGCAAAUUCAAUCCAUGAAAUUUACCAACACAGGUUUCCUGCAACGGCCACUAUCUGUGGACUGUGGAUGAGUGGAGAAAUUUAUACACUGUAUUGAGAAGAGUUAUGCCUCGAUAAUCGGCUUCUGGCAAUUCUUCAUCAGACCACACUCUCAACAUGAUUUGGAUGGCACGACACAGUUUUUUACUCCCGACUGUGAGGAGCUCAGUGGAAAUGCUCUCCUUCCCAGCUGCCUUGCAGCUUCUCAGUUCUUUCACAGCUUUCUUCACCUCAUCCAUAGAUGGUGGAUCCACAGUUUGUCCAUACGUGCGCGUUGUGACAAUCUUCAAAGUUUUCGAACUAAAAUGAGCUGUUUUGCAGGCUUGUGCUUUAACAUAUGCUUUAAACGAAUAAUUCAACGGAUUGAGGUCCAGACUGCUAGGAAGUCACAAAUUUUUCUCUCCUGAGCGUAAGAUCACUUUCCCCAGAACAUUUAUAAAUUGGAAAUGAACCAGUCUGUGCGGCUAUAGAACACAGCAUCGAUGCUGGGCAGCUAUUCGACGAAGAGCAGGAUGACCAUAUUUUUCUUUUUCAACAUAAAAGCAAUCUCUUCUCUUCGACAAGUCACUCCAAGCUCCUUCACACGCUCCGUAAUGAUGUGACAUUUCACAAGUCAGUCCUCUAUGAUAAUUCUUCACAACGAUUUUUCAGAAAUGUUGGCUUCCUUGGCAAAUUUUCGAAUGGAAAGUACCGGGCUGCGAGGGAUCUGCACGGACCGAUUUGAUCACGUUUAGCGUACGUGCAAAUCACUGUCCGGUCCAUCCCGUAGAGGCUUUUUCAUGCAAUACACUGUAGCCAAACGAGAUACUACGACCUUGGACACUUUCUUCAGCGUCUUCUGGCUGGGCGAACAGGAGACGCCGCGGCCUUCUUUGGCGGACAUUUCCAAAAUUACUUUCCUGGUGAAACAUCCCUCAUGAUUUCACCUGCGCCACAAUGUUACGCCAACGCACUUGGUCCUUGGCGGCAUGGCAUCUCCAGUUUCUUGAGCGUCCUACACUUCCCAGAUUUUGCUUCACAUGGUCCAAUCACCUAGCUCGUUGCGCGCCUCUACGUCUUGUACCAGCCGGAUUAGAGACGAACACCAUUUUGCGGAAUUGUUGUCCGGCAUUCUUACAACUUGUCCCACCGAUUGUAUCCUUCCAGCUUUAGCGAAUUUCUGAAUACUGCGGUCGCCGUAGAAGUUUUAGCUCGUGCUUCAUUCUUCGCCUCUAUACACCAUCCUCACAAACUCCACCGAAGAUAAUCCUUAGCAUACAUCGUUCAAAAACGGCUAGUGCUUGCAAGUCCUCCUCGAGCAUUGUUCACGUCUCGUGCAGAGGUCUUAUGAGCGUCUUGUACAUGGUGCACAUGGUGGAUAUGGGGCGAUAUUUGCCAGACCUCAACGUCCUUUUAAGUUCGUAGUAGGCUUAACUUCCAGCUACAAUACGUCUGCGGAUUUUUUUGCUGCAGUUGUUGUCUAACAUUAUUAAUGAUACGAGGUACAUACAUAAAUUCGUCAACCACCUCGAACUUAUCUCCGCUACUACCCAUACGAGCCCUAUCGCGCUCGGUUCUCUCUGCUAGCAGAUACUUGGUCUUCGACGUCUUCACCUUCAACCCAACAUUUUCUAUUUCACGUUCCAGCUUGGUGUGAUGUUCUACAAUCGCCUCUUCCGACAAGGCCCACGCGGUCAGCGAAGCAGAUGAACUGGCUGGAUUUGGUGAAGAUCGCUCCCCGCAUGUUAAAGGCCGCACGUUUCAUAACACCUUCAAGCGCAAUGUUCAACAGAAGACAGGAAGGACCGUCACCUUGUCGAGGUCCUUUGCGUGUUUCAAACGGGCUUGAUACCGCAACGAAAUCUUCACCCAGCACUGUACACCAUCCAUCGUGGCUUUAAUCAGUUUUGUUAGUUUCGCAGGGCCCAAUGUGUAUAGCCUUACACGGUGAUCGCUCGGUAGUUCUUACCUUCCAACUUGUCGCACUUUUUAUAUAUUGGGUAUGUAACUCCCUGCUUCCUCCGGUAGUUGCAUUUCCCAUAUCCUGACUAUCAGCUGAUGCAGACAGGAAGCCAACCUAUCCAGGCCCAGCUUGAUAAACUCCUUUCCAGCUGAUUUGUUGUUUUUGAGCUGCUUGAUAGCAUACUUAACUUCACUUAUCGGCGGUAGGCGGACCCCUGUGCUGACAAAAUCAUUCUUCCUACCGUCCAGGUCCUUUGCCUCUGCGUUGUUCAGGUGUUCAUUAUUCAUCCGCCGAGAUUCCUCCAUCUUCAAUCCGACACAUUUCAGCUCGCGGCACAAAGCCUGCGCGGGAUGCGUUUAGUUUCUUGUAGAAUCUACGUGUUUUUUGAGAACGAUACAGGAAAUGGCGGAGUUCCUCACACUCCAGCUCUUCCAAGCGGCGCUUUUUGUCCCGGAAAAUAUGGGUCUACUGUCUUCGUUUCUGUUUGUACAGACUCUUGACGGGUCUUUGCUACAGCAUCAACGCCCGCGCUGCAUUCUCUAAGCUAGGUAAUCUCUCUCUCUCUCUCUCUCUUUCUCUCAUCCGGCAACGCUGCGUCAAGGUUUUGCGAGUACUCAGUGGCGACUUCAGAAAGUUUAAGUCGCUCCAGAUCAUAUCGUGACGGACGACGGUAGCGGAUAUUGUUGAAAACCAAAAGUAUUUGGCUCAUUUUGACCAUCGGUAGUUAAAAUCGAGGUUGCGCCACGCUAGGUUAAGACGUCGAUAAUAUCCGAGAAGUGCCUUCCGUCAAUCAAAAUGUGAUCGAUUCGUGUUCCAGUCUGUUGUGGUGAUCUCCAGGUGUACCGAUAUGGAAGGCUGUGAUGGAAGUAGGUACUAUGUAUGGCCAGCUUCCCAACAACCAGUUUGACUUCUUCCUCCUGGCCAACCUGAGCGUUGAGAUCUCCGAUAACGACUUUGACGUCAUGUUUUGGGCAGCCAUCGUAUGUACGCUCCUUAUCGUCAUCGUUACUUCCUAAGGAGCUGCACACGUGAAUGAUGCUAACGUUGAAGAAACGGCCACUGAUCCUCAACUUACACAUUCUGUUGUCGAUUGGCCAUCAUUGGGUGGUCGCGCUUCUGCAUUCGACCAGUAAACAUUUUGUGAUUGCAGUGUUUUCCCAACCAAAACAUCGCAGGAAAGCAAGAUUAGACACUAUCAGAAAUUGCGUUACAGCUAACACAAUUCGUUAACUUUUAUUCCAAACUUAAUCACUAUGCAAAGUAACCAUGUAGUUUCACAUUUAUGAACCAGCUGCAGGCUGAAAACAAACUUAUGCGUGUAUAAAUUUUGAUUCAACAUUUCCAAGAUAUUUCCCAGAUUUUUUUUUACGAGAUUGCAAUUCGGAUGUUUAAGGGAUGUUGAUUUCAUCAAACAAAGCCUUUGGUAACUCAGAAACGUGAAACGCGACUUAUGGUUCUCUAUAGUAGGCCAUUUUGAUAUUGAUAAAAGUUCGCUUACCUUCAAGGCUUACUGAUUUCUUACUUGUGAUAGUAGUCUCAAAUGUUGCAAAUAAUUAUCGUUUUUUUAAACAUUAAGUUUUCCAAUUUUUUGUUUCUUGUUGUCUAAUAAAUCGUCCUCGAACAUUUGAUCAAAUAAUUCAUGCUGAAGGAACUAAUUGCUCUUGAUUUGACGCGGAACUACCUUUUACUUAUAGUCUUCAUGAAAUUUUUCAUGACGCAACCAACCAGGCCAAAUUUCAAAUCUUCUAAACAAACUAGACCAAAGAUAACUUUUACAUAGAUUAUGGGGUAUAGUUGUACAUUAUUGAAAUAUUUUCAAUAAUUCAACUUAAAAUUCCAAAAGGAAAAAAUAAUUCUUAUUACUGAUCUAAAUUACAUGGGCAGUGUAAUAUUGUAUAGACACUUUUUAGCAUUGUAUUUCUUUGGGUCAUGUUGGUACAUAAGGUGCAGGAUUCAAUCAAAGUUGUGAUCUCAAGAGGUGCAAACGGUUAUUCGGAGUUUAUACAAAAUCAUUAGCAAGUCUAACGUGCCUUUUUUUUAUUUUGUUUUCUUUCAACAAUGAACCAGACUCCUGUUUAUACCUCAACAGCUCAGAAGCACACUACUCAACCUUCAUUUUGCUAAUUUCACUUUACCUAUUUGUAAAUUUCUUUCAUGUUGAUUUAACUGUUGUCUCCAAAUAAACUAACGUCUUUUAUGCAAGGUUCUUGUCCUAGGAUUGUUAUUUUCCGUUGGUUGAAAAGCUUUGUAAAAUACAAAAAAAAAGAGAUUCCGAUGGUAAUUACCACUUAGAAACCGAAGGUUAAAGUUUUUGUCAUAUGUUAUGUUUCUGUGAAUUCGAAAUCAAAUUAAAUAUAAAUUCGAUUUUCUUUACAUAUAUCUUCUGUCGGUGGUAAAGUGAAAUAUGCACAUUAUAAAAUUCAUAAAUCUAGAAACGUUUCUUAAACGUUUCGGGAUAUUCCGUUAAACGAUAUUUAUUAGGAGCAAAAUUUGCCCUAAGCAACAGUUGAUCAGAAUCAACUGCAAAAAAGUUCUGUUAUUUCAGUGCACGGCAAAUUCGAAUAAAUAUAAUUUGACGCAAUGUAUUCGAUGAAAAAUCAUACAUACCACAGCAAACGAACAAAAAAAAAAAACAAUGUAUACACUUAACAUAAUCUAGUCGCAACAGUGCGGAAUAUAAAUUCUUCGAAAUCAAACAUACAAAAAAAACGAACUACUGUUUAUCUCUUAGUAUUUAAGUAAUCAAGUUGUUGAUUUAUUUUUAUUCUUGCACUGUAAAUAUUCGCACCAAAUGAGAACAAAUACAUUGCAUAACCUAUUAUUGCCAUCAAUAGACAAAUUUAUAAGAAAAAUAAUAAGAAUGAUUCUCCAGUGGGCAACUGAAACGAACUAAUGUAAUUGAUCGGUAAAACAUAAGAUUAUAAUUAUCUAAUAUAAGACAAAGUAAAUUAGCGGAAAUAAUUUUUCCAGAAAGAUCACAUUUGGAUAACAUAUCUUUUUUAAGUUUCAACGCUUUAUUUCUCUACGUAUCUAGUCUCAACAAUAAAAGACAACAGCCUGCAGUGUCAGUCUUUAUGUUUCGCAUUGAUUUUAUGUCUAGUCGCUACUCAGUUAAACUAGGAGAAAAGUGAAACUAGAAGGACAGUCUUUUCAGUAACUGUGGCCAAGUUACCGCACUGCGUUUCGCCUCAACGCAUAUAAAUUUGUAUAAUUAACAAGCCAUAAGUGUAUCUGCCAAAUCAAACAUCAUUGGCCGAACAGCGCUUGUAAAACACACAGAAUGUUGACAUUAUCAACUGCACGAAACUGUUUUGAUUAGAAAAGAAAAUGUGAAAAGAAUCAUUUCAAGAUAAAUCGUUGCUUAAAAAUAAUUUGUUGGAUAAAAAAGGAACCACUCACAUGUAAACAUGCAACUCAUCUCUGUAAAUAAGACAUUUUCCUGAAAAAAAGCUGGUGCAAAAUUUAAAAAAUUAAAA